UAAAUAUUGGCGACACUGGUGAAUUGACAUUUUACCGACUUCAUUCGUAGAAAUAUAUAUAUAUAUAAAUAUGGCAAAGUUAUUAGGAUUAGACAAAGUUGCCACAUUCUUUCGCAUUAUACGCGAUAAUGGUGGAAUUUUCGGUUCCGUGAAAACAUUAUUCAGGACGGAUGACCUAAAGACUGGCACCUUAAUCGGAGAAGAUAAAUAUGGAAAUCGAUAUUAUGAGAAUAACAUGUAUUUUGUAGGCCGUAAUAGAUGGGUGAUAUAUGCCGAUAAAGUUGGAUUAAAUUAUGACGCCUCGCAAGUCCCAGCAGAAUGGUUUGGUUGGCUACAUUAUAAAACAGAUUUACCACCACAUAAAGAUCCAUUCAGACCGAAAUACAAAUGGAUGUUAGAUCAUCAACAAAAUAUGAGUGGCACCAAUCAGGCUUAUAUGCCCUACAGUACCACAAGACCAAAAAUUGAACCUUGGCAACCACCACAAUGAUAAAUUUUAUGAAAAGAAAAAUGAUCAGUAAAAAGGUAGUUUAUUUGUAAUAAUUGAAAUAAAAUAUUAUUUAAUAUGUAAAUAAAGCAUGACUAGCAACAUGAAGAAAAAAUGUUAAAUAUUUAAAUAAUAUUUACAAGAUGUA